AUGGACGCGGUUCUUGAAUCUUUGAUUAUUUCGCAGGCUGCACCCGGCGUCGGGGAAUUCCACGGGUGUCCAUUCAAACACAUGGAUCCAGAACUGCUUCGUCAACGACUCACCCUCGGCGGCCGUCUCACCACAGACGCUGUGGACGCGAUCGUGAUACGAGCACGUGAUAAGCAGUACCAGCUCGCCUGUAGAGAAUACUUCAAGGCGAUGCAUCCGAGUCUUUCACCCGAGGAUGCAGCUGCCGUCAACAUAAAUCACCCCAACCAAUUUUUCGAGCUAGGUCAAAAG